AUGUCGUCCAUUCUAAACAAACUGCGGGGUGGCAACCUCGAAGUAUUCAAAUUCGGCGUGUACAUCAUGUUCCCCAUCGGCUGGAUGUACUACUUCGGCACCAACCUCGACGACCGCUUCAGCGUCAAGGGCUUCUGGCCCACCGCCGAACAAUCGCAUAAGAUCCCGCUCGACAAGGAAGAGAUCGACCAGGAGUUGUCGCGGAUGCGCCAGGUCGAUGCCGUGCGAAGUGAGCGACGCAAACAGCGCGAAGACGCGGAGGCGCAAGCCAGGGCUCAAGCUGAGGCUCAGGCUGCUUCGCAGAGU